AUGGUUGACUGCACCUUUAAUGGCCCUGGAUGCUCCUGGUGGAUGGGUUUGUCAAAGUAGUGCGUAGGUGGAGCACAGGAGGAAACCGAGCGGAGAGCGACAACACACACUAGGACACGUUUUUUUUCAGUUCCUGGACGCGGAGAAACCCGUGUGAAGUUCCUUUUCAGUUCCUAACCAGUUGUGGAAAGUUAAUCGCAGACAGUUUAUAAAGUCCGAUGGUGCUGGAGGAAGAUUUCCCGAUGAUUGAAGUGUCGAUACCAUCGAUGCAGGAGGUGGAUGAGUCGGGAAAAUCCAAAAAGCUUUUCCGAGUUGAAGUCUUGUUUAACGGGAGGAAACAUUUUGUGCUCAGAAGAAGCAGAGAAUUCCAGACUCUGCACAGAAAACUCAGGAAAAUCAUCCAGACUCCUGAUUUCCCAAACAAAAGGAACACCCAUCUGAGGACCAAACCUCUGGAGCAGAGGAGGCAGGAGCUGGAAGACUACAUCCAGGAGAUCAUCUAUCAAAAUGAAGACGUGCCGCAGGUGCUGCUGGACUUCCUCCAUGUUAAACACUUUCACACAGGAAACAAGAUCAGCAGCAUGGAAUCAUUUGAUGAAUUGGACAGUCAGGAUUACAGUUAUCAGUUACCACAUCAGCGAGUGUUGGGAUUUUUUCAGGAUCCUUAUCUCUCUGACUGCACAUCAGACCUCCCAGAUGUUGUUGUGGACGGGGUUCUUCGGGGUUUUUACACCCGGGAAGUCCGGGUCAGCUUCAUUGCCCCCACUCUCACCGAGCCCGACCCCACCACUUCUAUAGAGGCCUGAAGUUAUAGUUUGUAAGAUUUAAUGUUUAAAUAGAAUGUACAUUACAGUCAAAUACAUAAUGACAGCAAGAAAGAUGAAUGAAGGCAUGCACUUGCAUGAUGCAGAAGAAAUAGGUCACAGGGAGGAUGCCAGGAUCCUCAGUGGGAUUUAAACCCAAAACCCAGGCUUUGUUGUUCUGAUACUCCUCCUGUUGUAUAGUUCAACCUUAUUACAGCCCUUUGAGAAUCUCACAUUGAGGCCAAACACCACAAGUCAUCUUAAAACUAGUCACUCAGAAUAUGUGUCUGUGUUUUUAGUCAUGAAGACGGGUGUUAGUUUAAGUUGCAUACAAACUGUUUUUAAUGAAGACGUUGGCAACGAUAUGUGGCCACAGGCAAAUGUGUCUUUUAUUCAUUUUAGCGAUACUGUAGCUUAAUUUAAUUUUAAAAUAAAGGAGCAGUGUGGGAGUGUAGAAAAUGACUUGAAAUCCAAGGGGCAAAUAGGGUUUAGUUUUUUAAAGAUAUUCUUGUUUGUCACAGUUGAUACAGACACAAGAGAAGUGGGACAAAAAAAUAUAGAAGUGACAGUUUCUUACAUACAUAUACAUUUAUAGUCAUUUUUGUAAGUAAGUCAAACUAGCCUUUGAUGGCUCCGGCCAAGUACUGCUGCAAAGGCUAUGGUAUUUUGAAGCAAUUUGUUAGUGUAAACAUGUUUUGUAGUUGGCAUAUAUGUAGUUUUGUAUCAUAUAAAUUAUAAUAAAGAGUCAAACCUGA